CUCAAGACAUGUCAGAACCAGUCAGCUGAAGGCAGGCCUAACACUGUUGGGGUUACGAGGGGAAGAAGAUGUGACAUCUGCAGAACUUUUGACAACGGCAAACCUCAUUCAGAGUUUGAAUACUUCCAGUAAACAGACUGCAUUGUCCAAAGCGAGAGCUCUUGUUACAUUUCUCACUCGUCAUAAAGAACUAUGACCAGGAUUCUCUAUCUGAAUUACAGGGAAUACAGUGCAUCCCGUGUAUUUCACAGAAGCCAGAUUUCUAUCCAAGUCUACUUCAGUUUCAAGGGGAAAUUAUGAUGCUUGGAACAUCAAACAAUACUUGCAGUUCUAAAUAUGUACAUGUAGUAGGAUCAGUCACAAGUGUAGCUGAAGAAAUGGCACAGGCAGUGGAAAUACUAUUUGGAUUGAAUGUUCCUCCUUCAGCUAUUGCUGUCAUUAAACAUUUACAUAAUCUCUCAGCAUCAUACCAUUGUGUAGGACAUCACUUGUACAUGACCAUGUUGCACAAUGUCUACAAGCAUUUGUCAUCAGAGAGGUUGAGCAUGGAACACAUUCAAGCACUGAGUGGAUUCCCCUCAGUAUGGGUAGACAUAGAUGAAGGGUUUAAGCAUCCUUCAACAGUAUUCAUAGAUCCGAAGAUUGUAGACAUUGAUUUAAAACCUUACCUAUUUGCUCUUCCAUCCAUGCUUCAUCAAUGGCGCAGUUUGAUGCUGGCAUUUGGAUGUAACCAGGAACUUACACCACAGUUGCUGACAGGGGUUCUCCAAAACAUCAAAUCAAAACAUGACUCAUACAGUGAAGGUGACUUCAGAGAAGAUAUUUCCACCAUACAAUUGGAAGUUCAGAAAGAUUUACCCAUUGUUCUACAAAUUGUCAACAGUUUGUCAAAAGAACAAGUAAUGCUUGAAAAUCUCCUUCUUCCUAUCCAUCAAAAGGACAAAUCACGCCUGACUCUAUUGUGUGUCAAUGAGUGUACAUACAGCGACUGGCUGAAUGAGGAGACUGAGUCAGAGGAUGGUGAGUGUGAUGUUCACUAUCUUCAUCAGUCUAUUUCCAAAACAACUGCACAAAUGCUAGGAGUCAAUAUUUCAGAUGAUAGAGACUAUGAUUAUCAUCAGUCAGAAUCAUUGCCAACACGACUGAAUUCUAUACUGACUGCAUAUGUUGAUGGAUUGUCUAUUCCAAAGGAAAUGAUUCAAAAUGCAGAUGAUGCUGGCGCAACAGAAGUAUGUUUUCUUUAUGACGAGAGGCAAAAUUGGGAUGCAAGAACUUCUCUUAUCGAAAGGGAAAUGGCUUCAUUACAAGGACCUGCACUCUGGUCUUUUAACAAUGGUACAUUUAAGGAGACAGAUUUUAAGAAUUUCAUAAAGUUAGGUGGUGCCACAAAAGAUGCAGAUACUUCCACAAUAGGGAAAUAUGGGUUAGGGUUUAGCUCCGUGUUCAAUCUUACAGAUGUUCCAAGUUUCAUCAGUGGAAAUACUAUGGUGAUUUUGGACCCACAUGGCUCAUACUUAGGAAAACAAGGGUUGAGAGCAAAUCUGAAAAGUGCCAGAAACAAAGCUACAAUGAGAAAUCAAUUUAAACCAUUCCAGGGUGUGUUUGGUUGUGACUUCAAUAGGGAAGUAAUCUGCAAUGGCACUUUAUUCCGGUUGCCACUUAGGACAGCAGAGCAGGCUAGUGCAAGUGACAUCAGUAGUACUUGUUACAGUAGGAAGGAGGUAAACGCUCUGUUCAAAAAGUUUGUUGGUGCCUGUGGAAACCUCCUUCUGUUUACACAGAAUGUGAAAUCUUUAAAGUUUUUAUUUGUGCCCUCCGAAGGAGAUCCUCAGUCCCCACAGCUAUUAGUGGAGGUUGUAAAGCAUGUUAAAAUACCACCUACUACUCUACCGAAAGGUGACAAAAUAAAGAGGGAGAGUAUUUUGGUUCAUGCGUCUAAGGAGUGGCAGAGACUAGCACAGCAAAAUGAUAGUUUAUCAAUAGCUGAAAGGGUUGACGUUGAGGUAGGUCUUUCCAACAACAUAAAAGAGUUUGAGCGGAAAUGCAGUGUGGGGCGAGGAUCAGUGGAAUGGGUUAUUGUAUGGAACACAGGAGGGAAGGAGUCCUACAAGUUUGCAUCAUCUGGAGAACUGAAGCAUCUGCUCCCACUGGCUGCAGUUGCAAUACCAGCGACAGAUCUGAGCAUGUGUCCCUGUGGGUUCUACAAGAAGGGACAUCUGUUCACUUUCCUUCCACUACCAAUACAAACUCCAUUUCCAUUUCAUAUCAAUGCAACAUUUGCACUCACCAAAGACAGAAGAGAGCUACUUAGAAAAACAGAGGAUGACAAGUUCAUGUAUGGAGUUGAAUGGAACAACAUAUUACUUCGGGAUGUUGUGACCAGAGCAUUAGUUGCUGCAUUAAAAUAUGUAGACUUACACUCAGUAUCAACAGCACAGUAUUACCAGCUGUGGCCUUGCAGCCCAGAACAAACUGACUAUCUUGGUAAAGGUUUCUAUAGAAUGAUUGUUGAUGAGAAACAGGAGAUGUUUGUAGAAGAAAGAACAAAAGAAAGAUGGCCUCUCAAAACCAUCAGGUAUUUGGAUAAGGUCAUAAGAAACCAUCCAAACAUUGGAGACAUUUCUUUCAAAGCUGUGGAGAAGUUUUGGAAUUGUGAAAGUGAAGUUGUUAUGGACAUCCCAAGCAUUGUACUGGACUGCCUCUUCAAACAGACAGGCUGUGGCAAGGAUCGCUGUGUGACAGUAGAAAACUUCUUCUGUCGUGUCUUUUUCCCAAAUUUUGAUGAUGAAUAUUGGGAAACAAGAGAUAGGGACUCCCUGACCGUCUUUGCAAUAAAGUGCAAUAACACUGCAAUUCAUCAGCAAGUAGAGGCUAAGAAAUGUAUCCGGACAUCUCAUAGCGGCACAUUGAAAAGACCGAAGGAUUGCAUUGAUCCAUUUGGAGUAUGUGCUAAGCUGUUCUCAGCCGAAGAUGACAUGUUUCCAGACAAAUAUUUCUGGCCAGUUAUUGAUGGUCUUCAUCGAGCUGGAAUGCUACAAGACAAUUUGCCCUGGAAUAUAUGUGUUGAAAGGGCAAGUACAGUCUCUGAACUAUACUUCACAGAUUAUGAAGGGGCAAUUCAAAGGUGUAAGAAUAUAUUACAGUAUCUGGGACACCACAUCAAUCCAUCAAAUGCAUGUCUCAAACCAUGUCCACAAGUUGUUUUAAAAAAACUUCGAAAUAUCAAGUUUCUGCCAGUGCUUCUAUGUCCCGAGAGCUGGAAGUUUGUUUGGAAGGCGAAUGAAACAGAUUGUGCUCUGUCAGCCCCUAAUGAAACAUUUCGAGAGGACACAAGUAAUUUGGUUGGAUGUACUCAACUUAUUUUAGAUGAAACUCAACUGCGCUCGGACAUAUCUGACAAGAAAAUGACUGAUGUUCUUCACUUACUUGGUGUGAAGAGCAGAGAUGACAUUACAGUCAAAAGUGUUACCUUACAACUGCUUUCUAUUUCGGAGGCUUUACAAGACAGUGGGCUAGAUCUAGAAAUGCCUGACUGUGAACUCAAAAAAAUAUGUACAGAAAUUUACAGUCACAUGAACACAUUGUAUCAAAAUAGUUCCAGCGAAGGUAAGAAGGAGUUCAAAAGAUAUGUGUCAGAGCACUUGCAUGGAAAACAGACAAUCUUGGUAGGAAACAAACUGGUGAAACCCAAACAGGUAGUUCUCCACAAGCAAAGUAGUAGGAAACCAGGCAUGUAUACACUGGACCAAAGUUUUGAGGAAUAUUUGCAACUAUUUGAAUUAUUUGGCAUGGUAGAGAACAAUACCACAGGUUUUGGAUGUUGUUUUGCAGUGAUGUGUUUGGCUUUGGUCUUUGCACUUUCUUAUGGUUUAUAUAGUCUAUAGACUUCUGUUACACCUCAUUACGCUCAGUUUUCUUGUCAGUCUGGUUGAUUGUAGAGUUUCAAUGUUGUACACUCUCAGAGACUAUACACCAUCAUAUACUGUGGUACAUUAUAAAGCUCAGUUGUACACUCUCAGAGACCAUACACCGUCAUAUACUGUGGUACAUUAUAGAGCUCAGUCCAGGGAACACUGGCCCUAGAUCCGUUCACCAGGAGCACUCCUAAGAUUUCUGCUUGUGUUUAUGAACCUAUCACCAUGCGGCUUUAUCUUUGCUUGUAUCAUCCAAGAAUUGGUAAUCCUGCCGCUCUGUAUUAACACUGUUAGAAUCUUGGAGAAAACCUACAAUGACAGAUACAUUGAGGUCAAGAUUGCAGUGGUGCUCUAUCGUGGAGGAAAUGAUUUUGUUGAAAUACUACCCAUGACAAACUGCUUAAAACAUUCACUUGGUAAGAUUAAGAGAGCAAGACUAAGCUGGAAAGUUUCACUUGAAUGUAAGAACAAGGAGAAAGUCUAAAGACAAAUGUUUGUGGUGAGAUGCAUAAUUUGCCAAACCCACGGAAUUGGUUACCCCUUGCUUCAGAUGUGGUGACACUGGCUGUUCCAGAUUAAAUACCUCAAAUCUGUUGCCUGGCUGCAUAAAGUAGACUUGAAUAAACUUCCUGUCCAAACAUUGCUUCAGAUGUGGUGACACUUGCUGUUCCAGAUUAAAUACCUCAAAUCUGUUGCCCGGCUGCAUAAAGUAGACUUGAAUAAACUUCCUGUCCAAACAUUGCUUCAGAUGUGGUGACACUUGCUGUUCCAGAUUAAAUACCUCAAAUCUGUUGCCCGGCUGCAUAAAGUAGACUUGAAUAAACUUCCUGUCCAAACAUUGCUUCAGAUGUGGUGACACUUGCUGUUCCAGAUUAAAUACCUCAAAUCUGUUGCCCGGCUGCAUAAAGUAGACUUGAAUAAACUUCCUGUCCAAACAUUGCUUCAGACAAACAGCAACUGGAGAACUUGAGGACCAUUUUGGACCAGAAUCUCACAUGACUGCUAGGCUGUUCAAUGCUGCUGGAGAAAAUGCAAAACAUGUGGAAAAUGGAUGCAACUCCAUAGAAAGUUUGAAGGAAAAAGAGGCAGUUCACUUCACCCCCUGUUUAAACGUUAAACAUAAGUCUGUUGAACCUGAUCUAUAAAUGUGAACAUCCAUAUCUGCUCACAUCAUGAAAACCUAUAUAAGAAAGCUGUGACAUUCAUUGGCCAUGACUGUAUUCAUUAAAGAUGUGUGUAGGAGGAGGGACAUCAGUACAGGAACACCUGAUGUACGUUUUAUGGACACUAUACUUACAUCGGUAUGGGUAAUACAUACAAUAUGUGUGUCUAUGUAUGCAUGGGAACUGUAUCCAUGUGAAGCAAAUAAAUGUGCAGGAUUCACAUGCACAUUGAAUUAUUAUUGCAUUGCUACCGCAAUAUAUUUAUGUGUAUAUCCUAAGAAAUGUGAUGUUACAAAUAGAAGAUGUAUCCAA